GUGGUGUGUAUUUUUUCUUCUAUCCGGCAACACACUAAGUGAAAUGAAAAUAGGCUAGCGGCUUUUUUUAUUACUAUAUCUUAUUUCUGAAAGCCUUCGAGGCAGAAAACGUCGGCCGUUCCUGCUUAAGUAUAAGUCGAAAUCGUCAUGAAAAUACAGAAAAGGCAUAAAUAAACCAUAAAGCUUCCCAUAAAAGACACUGGCCAAGAAGUCCCCGUUAUCAUUGAAACCAUCGGGAAACUCGAGACCCAGCCUUGCGAGGUAGAAUAUUUUUAGCCAGUAUUGAGGUCCCUUUUCCCUCGAUCUGCCUCUCUCCAUCCAUCCACCAAAAGCUCAGCGUUCUGUAGUGAACCUUCGGUACUCAACUGCAUCUCAAGUUUGGUUCGAGAGACGACGGAUGAAAGAAUUGCGUCGUCUGUCAACGCCUGGUGGCAAGCAUGCAAGCGAGCGAGGUACAGUGGGAGAAAUCUGCAGGACUGGUGGGACUCUUUCAGCUGGAAUCAAAGGGUGGUAAGUGUCUGAGGUGCAGAACUUGCGAGUAACCGCAAACUCGGCGGAUUUGGCCACUUGUAAGCACGGAAAAAUCGGAUCCAGGCGCCAAGGCUUUUUUCUUCCUUUCCCGGAGGAAGGCUCGGUUGGUCUGUGAGUUGUGUGGAGGCGGUGAUGGGAGACGUCGUGCUAACGGAGUUGAAUGUAGGGGCCGUGCAACCCAUUUGUACAGCUGAUCUGGUGCGUAAUUCCGAGGAGGACGGUGGGGGACUGAAGUUUCGAUUUCACAGAGGUGGGAAGGGAACUGCGCCGGGCUCGUUUAAAAGUCUGAAAUCUGCCUUUCUUCCCGAGGGCUAUCCAAACAGUGUUUCUGCUGAUUACUUGCAAUUCCAAAUAUGGGAUACAUUACAGGGCCUGUCAACCUACAUACGAAGCAUGCUCUCGACUCAGGCUCUCCUUGGAGCUAUCGGCGUCGGAGAAACCAAAGCAACAGUAGUUGGAGCAACAUUCCAGUGGUUCUUGCGAGAUUUUACAGGAAUGCUGGGAGGAAUUCUGUUCACGCUCAUACAGGGUUCAAACUUGGAUAGCAAUGCAAAACAAUGGCGCCUUGCUGCCGACUUACUAAAUGACAUGGGAAUGCUAAUGGACCUUCUUUCACCCCUCUUCCCGGGUUCAUUCCUUCCGAUUCUGUGUAUCGGCAGUAUCGCGAGAUCCAUCACCGGGGUUGCCAGUGGGGCAACAAGGGCUGCUCUGACUCAGCACUUCGCGUUGCGACAGAAUGCCGCAGACGUUUCCGCCAAGGAAGGAAGCCAGGAGACAGCAGCAACGAUGGUUGGGAUGUUGUUUGGGAUGGCAGUGGCACGAAUAACCGCUGGAAAUGAUGUAGCUAUGUGGACUUCCUUCUUGGCACUAACAUUUUUCCACAUGUACGCAAAUUACAGGGCUGUUCGAAGUCUUUGUUUAACAAGUCUCAAUUCCAACAGAACCUGGUUGCUUCUAGAAGGAUUUACCUCAAGGAAAAGAGUCCCUACACCACAAGAAGUGUCUUCAAUGGAGAAUGUUCUGCCCCAUCCGUCUUCAUUAUUACCCUUCAAGCUUUCAAGAAGCCAGACGCGGUGGUCAAUAUCUUUAGGAUCCCGUAUUUCUUUCAUAAAACCUCAGGCGGGAUGGGAAUCUCUUUCGCGGAUGCUAAUUCAGCGAUAUGGAAGAGACACGUACAUGGUUGCUAUUGAUGGAACGACCAUUCACAUUAUUUUACACCAAAAUGCCACUGCUGAAGAUUGCCUUCGUGGAUACGUUCACGCCCUUUACUUACGAGCAGUUCUGGAACGGAGCGAAAAUGUCGGCUUCGUUGGUUCCACGGAUGCUGCUGAGAUUGAGUCCUUGACCUGGAUGACUACUACUUACAAACUGUUCUUGAAACUUGUGCAGACAUCAGGAUGGGUUACAAAUCGAGUUUACAUUUCUCCUGGAGAAUGGCGAGCAGACUGGCCUCGGGAAACGUCGAAGUCGUCCUCGUAACUUGGUGUCAUUGAGAUCCCAGCAUAGAAGGCUUCUCAGUAGCUUAGCAACUGGUGUAGAACUUACAACUCUGUCAGAGCCACGCUGCACCUCUGUCCAGGCGAGGAAUGCAUCGUCUACUUAUUACGAACGGUUAAAGUUUCAUCUUCAAUCGCAAAUCUGGCCAAGUAACUGACCAACGCCUGACAACGAUAUAUCAGUUGCUGUAAGUCAUGUAGAUAUCCUUGUAGCCAACAUACCAGUCUUCUAGCCCGUAAGGUGUUCUGAAUUCGGCAUCACCGAGCGCAAGUACAGUCAGAUUCAUUUCUUCCCAAAACUGAUUUUUAUCAUCAAUCCAAGAGCCAAGAAGAAUGUCCUAUGGUGAAAGUUUGGCCUGUAGAUCAUCGUUCAACGGGUUCCAUGUCAGGUUGACUCAGGUUGUCCACGUCUAAGACGACACGUGCGAAAUUCCGCCUUUUGGCGCGGACGUUAUGCAGAAGUCCCUCUCACUAGUACCCAUCCGGUAAUGUUCUUAUUGAGAACAAAGGAGUCGAUGUAAGAGACCUCUGAAAGAUGUUCAAAGAGAAUUGGAAAUCUGAAUUCUAAUUCUCUCUGGAGGAGAAUUGACAUUAAGUGAGGAAUCAUAGAGGACCUAACUCUAUUUGAUGUAGUGCACAACUGGGAUUGUACACCACAUGGGUUUUUACUGUCGAGAGCAUGUUUUUUCUCUAAUUGGAUGGAGUAAGUGCAAGGUUCCAAUACCCAAGCGCCAGUUCAUACUGACGUGCCUGUCACGGAUCGUUGCACGAUAAUAGACCGAUGAGCAGGCCUCUCUAAAUACUGAACUCCGGCAAUGGAGUCCGUAUCUUCCGUAUUUGGUUUUCAGGAACUUCCGUAUUUUGAAAACUUUUUUUUUUCCCACUCUACGUGUCGUUAGGAGAGAGUGAUAAAAGUUUGACAUUUAUGACAUUCUUCA